AUGGCAACUCACGAUUAUGCGCCGGGGUUCGUCUCCCCUGUGGUAACUCCGGCAGAGCUUGCGGAAGUCCUCCUGCGCUUUGGCUCGCCGACGCAGAAGACUCAGCUUGCCCAGGCGAUGCGGACGCGAACGGCUGGGAAAGACGCUCAGAAUGCAGACGUAGACGGAAAGUGCAAAGAGGAGAGCGUCGCAGAGGGAGAGGCCUCUCUGUCGAGGCAACCAGAAGCGACGUCGCGCCUGAACUUCCUCGCUUUGGGCGAGGAGACGCAGGGCAGACGUGUGUUCCUGUUUGACGCCUCCUGGACGCUGCUUCCAAUUUUCGGUGGGCGAGACAGCUUGAGGGAAUACCGCGAGGGUGCGAGGCUGCCGCAUGCAGUUUUUUUCGACGUCGAGGAGUGUAGCGACAUCGCCAGUCCCUACCCGCACAUGGUGCCGAGCGCGGUCCUGUUUGCACGCUAUUUGGAGGCGAAAACGCGAGAAUACCUCGCUCGCGCAUCUACGGGGGGAAGUUCAUGGGAUACCAGCCACGCGAGCAGCACUGCCGCGGAGAAGAAAGAGGGCGCUGUGGUGGACAUACAUUCGGACGUGUUUGUGGUGUACGACGGCGUCGGAGUCUUUUCCGCGCCGCGCGCCUACUUCAUGUUGAAGGCCUUCGGGUGCAAGCACGCGUUUGUCCUCGACGGCGGCAUCAAGCGCUGGCGCGCGGAGGGCUUCCCGGUGGAACUGGGUCCUUUGUCCGCCGACCUGUCUGCCGCCGGAAACGAGGACUCUUGGGGUUCGACGAGCCUUGGAGGGAAUGCGCCGGAGACUGCGGCCGCGCGUCACGAGGCAACUGUGAAACGCGAGACUGAGGAUCAAGACGUGCGCCCGACGCUGCCUGCGUCGCCGGUAAACGAGAAGGCGAACGCGAUGGUGGCAAGCAGCGUGGAGGCCUGCGCGCAGGCCGUCGCAGCGGCCGCGCGCGGCGACGUCGACGCCGCGAACGACGCGAGCGAGAGGGCAACUGAGGCAGCCUUCGACGCCGGCAGCCUCCGCAAGGAAGGUCUCCUGAAGGUUGCUCUCGACUCAGACCGCGUGGUCGAGUACGAAGACGUCGUUGCCCUGGUCGCUGGCGCGCGCGGCACUGUACGUACGCCCGAGGAGGGCGGCGUGGGCGUGGUGUUUCCCCUUCUCGUCGACGCUCGCCUGGCGGGUCGCUUCAAUGGCGUGCAGCCUGAGCCCCGGCCUUGCACGCCUUCGGGGCACAUGCCAGGGGCGAUCAAUCUGCCUUUCACGGAUGUGUUGCUUUCGCGGCAGUUCUACACAUCGCCUAAGGGGCGCGUCCUCGCGACGCAUGACCAGCUUUCGCCCUUCGCCACCGCGCCGACCGCGGAGGCCUUCGCGUGCCACGUCUUGAAGAGCCGUGUGGAGCUGAUAGAGGCGCUCCAUCCCGUCCUCGGCAAACUCGGGGACGACGCAUAUCUCCCAUCGAGGCGAGAUGAGCCUUCGAACGGCGAGGAGACGCGAAAACAAAUUCAGCUCAUCGUCACGUGCGGGAGCGGCAUGACGGCUUGCAUCAUCUACGUCGCCCUCGUGCAGGUCGGUGUGGACCCGCGCUGCGUGGCGCUGUACGACGGCAGCUGGACGGAGUACGCCGAGCGCCGCCUGCUGGAGGAGCGCGGCCGCGGCAUUUGCCCAUCCCUGAGUGCAGAAGACGCAGAAAACUGGCGCCGAAAGAUUCUGCAGGCGCGGCUUGCUGGCGAACCCGCCGGCGCGUUUCACGUAGUCCCGGGCGAAAGCAUCUCCGAGGCAGUUGCGUGA